ACAGGACUUUGAGCCACUGCCUGCAGGAGAGGAGCCCGGGGAGCCCUGUCGUCCACAGAAACCUCCCCUGAGUUGAACGUUAUUGCCCCAUCGCUGCGUACGUGUGUGAGUUAGUGUGUGUGCAUGUGUGUGAGUGUGCGCGCACGAGUCUGACAGGCUGCCUCUCCCAACUACACCACAGACCACGAUCCGAGUUACUGAAGAGGCUUUCGACUCAAGCCUCCCCAUCCGCCAUUUUCAGCAGAUUGAAAGCAGGUAGAGCACAAAAAUCACAAGUCCCCGGUCAAAUAAAGCAGACCUGGUGCCCGCCGUCUUGUGGAAACAGGUCAUGGCUAUCACUGGAGGGACGGUGGAAGCUCUGGAUGAAAUUCCAGCCCAUGUGUGGAAGGGUUUGCCCGACUGUUUGACACUCAGACCUUCUGCCAUAAAUCAAAGCCGCAUCGGCGUCUGGGCCACUCGGGUCAUCCCCAAGGGCAAGAGGUUCGGUCCAUUCGUUGGAGAGAAGAAAAAAAGGUCCCAGGUGACCAGUAAUGUUUACAUGUGGGAGGUUUAUUUCCCAGCGCGAGGCUGGAUGUGCGUUGACGCCACAGAUCCCAUGAAGGGGAACUGGCUGCGAUAUGUGAACUGGGCACGCUCUGGUGAAGAGCAGAACCUUUUCCCCCUGGAGAUCAACAGAGCCAUUUACUACAAAGUUUUACGGCCUAUCGGGCCGGGAGAGGAGCUGCUGGUGUGGUACACUGUGGAAGACAACCCUGAGAUAACAGCUGCACUGGAGGAAGAAAGAGCCAGCAGUCUGAGCAGGAAAAAUUCACCCAGGGCGAAGCGAGCCAGAAGAAAGCUGCUGGAGAGAGCCAGACAGGCUGGUUUGGGUGGAUUCAAGAAAACGAGUGGAACCAAACCUACUGUCAAGGACAUGUGGGAUGGGGAGGAAGGUCUGAAGGAGGAGGAUGAGAGGCCAUCAGCCUUGGGGACCUCGCAGGAACUCCAGGAAACCCAUCCCAUGGGAAGCACUGACCAUAAAGAUGUGAAGGAUGUAUCAGCGGGAUUGAUGGACAGGGGAAAUGAGGAGGAGGAGGAGGAGGAGGAGGAAGAAGAAGAGGAGGAGGAGGAGGAGGAAGAAGAGGAGGAAGAGGAAGAUGCUGAGGAUUUGAUGGAUCCAGCUGAAGUACAGCAGCAAACUGCUCAGCAUUCACCUGCAGCUGAUUCCAUGCAGAAUAAGCAGCCUGGCCUGUCGCUGACCUGUGGUGAACAAAGCCAUAAGAGUUCAGAGCCAAAGUCAGAGUCUUCCUCACUCAGAGGGCAAGAGCCAGAGGUCGAUCCCGAUCCUGAUCUUGACCUCGACCCCGAUCCGGACGGUGACCUUGAAAGUGAUCCCCACGGAGAGUCGUAUCCCUGUCAGCACUGUGAACGUCACUUCUCCACCAGGCAGGGUCUGGAGCGUCACAUACACAUUCACGCCAUCACCAACCAGCAGACACAACUGUUUAAGUGCCGGUACUGUAGUAAAUCCUUUGGCUCACAGGUGGGGCGGCGCCGGCAUGAGAGAAGGCAUGAGAGUGGGACUAAGAAAAGGCCUGGUUCUCUGGCUGGAACUGCUGGUCUGGUCAGUCCCCUGGUGCAGACUGAUGGUUCAAGUCCUGACUGCACCAGCCCAACUAGUCAGUAUAUAGCCAUAGGGUCCCAGUUUACUGGAGGACCUCUGCACCACUCAGAGACGCAGAGAAAGGAGUUGGGGCCCCAUGCUGACCGUCCCUUUAUAUUGGAUGAAAAUGGGGAGUCAAAGGAACUCCAUCCUUGCAAGUACUGCAGUAAAGCGUUUGGCACACACACCAACAUGCGGCGACACCAGCGCAGGAUACACGAACGGCACUUGUUACCAAAGGGAGUGCGCAGGAAAGGCAUGCUGCUGCAAGAGGUGUCCGCAAAGCAACAGCAGCAGCCCGAUGAGUCCCCCAGCGCCAGCCCUCCGCCCGUCUACGUGCCCAGCGCGGACACGGAAGACGAGGUGGACAGGGACGACUACGCAGUCGACAUAUCCAAAAACAUCUCUGAGAAUCUCAGCUUCUACAUCGACGGCAAGAUUGUGUCCACCAGUUCGGUGAGCAGCUGUGAAGUGAUCGAGGUGGACUCCAGAUCCGCAGCUCUGUUUGGUCUGGACACGGUCAUAAUCAGCCCGAAUCAGAUCGGUCAGGCGCUGAAGGUGGAGGGGAGAGUGAGCGGCGCGAAGCAAGUCUCCAACAUCGGCCAGCCAACAGGAAAGAGGAGAACAUCUACACCCCCGUUUGUUCCUAGCCUUAAAGUGGAGACAGAGUCAGGGUCUUUCACAGCCUCUUCAUCGUCUUCAUCAUCCUCUACAUCUUCCUCAUCUAACCUGCUUGUGGGAGGACUGUUCCAACAAGCCACAGAUUCAUCAGCAUUUCAGAGGGAGAAAACAGUUUAUCUCUCACCUAAGCUCAAACAGCUCCUUCAGACGCAAGAUAUUCAGAAAUCAACCAUUGCCCUGAUAACAGAAAGCCAUAGACUGGCCUCCCCGCUGUCAGUCACGCCGCUGCAGGGGGCUUCAGGCAGGUUUAAACGGAGAACAGCUUCUCCCCCGUCGUCACCACAGCUCAGUCCUGCGUGUAAAACAGAAAGCUGUAAAGCUGAGGUGGCGAGCUCAUACACCCUUAAGGUGCCAAAGCUGGAAAGUCACACUGUUUCACCUCCUGGGAGCCUACUGGACAAAGAUGACAGGGACACCCUGAGCCCUUCUGGAAAUAAUAUGCACGGCCAGACGUCUUCUAGUAGCGGAGGAAAUUCCUGUAAUCAACAGCCCUUGGAUCUGUCAAACUCUGUGAGCAGGAAAAGUGACAGCUCGAACAAGGCACUCGGGGAUUCAGCUCUUGAUUUAAGCUUGCAUCGUAAGAGCGCCGUCGAGCCUGAAUUAAAGGGAAGUCCAGCGCUACAGCCGCUAGUAAAAAAGAGAAAGCCUAACACCAGCAUGCUUGAAAAGGUGCUGAUGAAUGAGUAUGUAGGUCUAACUUUGCCAGGAGAGGAGGGCCCCUCGGUCUUAGCAAACCUUAGCUGUUUCCAUUCUCGCUCUCCAAAUGUGACAUCAGAGUCAGCCCACCCCUCUCCGCCCUCUCUGACCCCUGUCACCUUGAAUCCAUCUUCGCCUGGUACAUCUAGUGUGACAUCCCCGACACCGCCUCCCCCCGUACUACCUACCAUACCGUCGCCACCGCCCAUGCCCAGCUCUCCUCUCUCUCAGCCUUCGGACUCAUCUUCACAGAGACCUCUUCCUGUCCUCUCGCCAAAAAUGUCUCCCAGAUCAGUUGAUCACAAGCCCCUGUCAGACUCGGAGGAGGCAAUGUCAGUUGAAGGAAACAAAGAUGAGGAAGAGGACCAUAUCUCUGAGCCACUGGACUCCCCGAACACUCCACUCAAAGAUUCCUCUAAUCGUUCAACACCAAGCCCUCCAGAGCCUGCAUCAGAAGAUCUGCCCGCUACAGAGGAGGAUGGUUCUGUGACUGCAACUUGCAACCGUCUGCUAAACGGCAAAUUGAACCAAGGCCAUGACGCACUAGCCGAGAAAUCUUUGAAAUCUGACUUUGCUGCUCUCUCACCCCAACCAGAAUCCUCAUCCUCCCCAUCAUCCCCUUCUCCUGCAUCACACGACCCACCCCCAUCGCUCGUCCCACAACCCUUCCUUCAGAUUAAGAUAAAAGAAGAGCCUCAGCACUGCACAGACAAGUUGUCAGUUAUGAAUCACACACCUCAGGAUGGUGUUGACACUUCACCUCAGCCCGCUGCUUUAGAUAAACCAUCUGACAAAUCCUCAGAGGCAGAGGAAGUUGACUCGACGUACUGCAAGACUUUUGUGUGUAAUGUCUGUGAAGAGCCGUUCAACUCCAUCAAAGAGCUCAGUGGACACAUCAUAGAUCACGCUGCAGACUGGCCCUUCAAGUGUGAAUUCUGCGUGCAGUUGUUUAGUGAUGCCCCUGCCCUGCUGGCUCACCGGACCACACUACACGGAGUGGGCAGGAUCUACGUGUGCUCCGUCUGUUCCAAAGAGUUUGCCUUCCUCUGUAACCUCCAGCAGCACCAAAAGGAUCUGCAUCCAAAUGAGACGUGUUCUAAUACCACGGUAGAGAGUGGCAAGCUCAGGCCGCAGAACUACACAGAUCCAUCCAGAGCCAAAGAGGAGAGCAGUCCCUCAACACCAGCACCAGAGACGACUGAUGAACCUGCUCCGCACAAUGACUCUGAGGUAGCAAAAGAAGAACCUGAUGUUAAUGGUAAUCACACUGAGGACGGCGCAGAGGACCCCAACGAGGAGUUAUACACUACAAUAAAGAUCAUGGCCUCAGAAGGAGGGAAACCUAAAGGCCCAGACGUUCGCCUUGGCAUUAAUCAACACUACCCCAGUUAUAAACCACCCCCUUUUCCUUAUCAUAGCCGUUCCCAUGCUGGCUCUGUGGCCUCGGCUACUAACUUCACCACCCAUAACAUACCACAAACCUUCAGCACUGCCAUUCGCUGCACCAAGUGUGGCAACAGCUUUGACAACAUGCCCGAACUGCACAAGCACAUUUUGGCCUGCGCCAAUGCCAGUGAUAAGAAGCGUUACACUCCCAAGAAAAACCCCAUCCCCCUCAAGCAAAUAGUAAAGAGCCCGAAUGGAGUGGUGUCACCCACAGCAGCUGCUGCAGGCCAGAGCGCUUUCCGUAGAAUGGGUCAGCCAAAGAGACUUAACUUUAAUCAAGAUACCGGUAAAACAAAAAUGAGUGCCCUCAGUAAGAAGAAAAACCAGCUGGUCCAGAAGGCGAUUUCACAGAAAAAUCGAGCUGCCACUACUGCAAAGAAGGCUACUGUUAAAGUUGAAGAAGAGCAGGCCUCUAACGUCUGCCCCCACUGCAGCCGGGAGUUUACUUAUCCUGCGAGUCUAAGUAAACAUAUGGCUGUCAGCUGUCCCAUGAAGCCUGUUGUGAAAAGGGGCAAAAAGGGUCUAGCAGAGGUGAAAAAAGAGGCAGCGUCUGUCGUAGAUAAAAACAUGAAUCUUAGAAAGAAAGCUUCAGACUGUGAAAUACCACAGACAGAGCCGGAGCGUAAACCCCUGGGAAAGACCCGAGCUCGUAGUUCUGGUGCAGCAGACCCUGAACACUCCCAGGCAAGCAAAGGAAAAACCGCUGCUACUCUGGGCCGACUAAAGAGGCCUGCUUCGUUCCCAGCCCUAGUUUCUGCCAGCAAAAAAACCAAGAAGGGCCAAGUUCAGUCUCUACCUCCCACCCCGGCAGCCCCGGACACUCCCAGUGACACUGCACAGCAACGGCCAGCGAUGAGAAUGCAGCGCAUGGGUAAGGAGGCAGCGCCCAAGAGAUUAGCAGAGGCCAAAUCUCCACCACCACCACCACAACAUCAACAGCUGAAGAAAGAGGAGCGGUUCUCCCUGCGAGCAAGGGAGAGAGUAGGUGGUCCAGUCACCAGGAGCUUACAGAUGGCCAGUGCAGCUCCUCCUGCUGAGGUUAUUACUGAGGAACCACCAAUACAAGAGCCAAAAGAGACUCAGGAGGUGCUGAUGAAGUGAACCAUGUGGACAUUGUUGAGCUCUCCCUGGGAAUACGGUGCUCACCUCUCAGGCAGCGCUCUGGACUAAUCAAGGCACUGACAGCACUGAGGUUGACCUUUUUUUUUGCGGUGGGCUCUCAUUCACUCAAAACAAGUGAAGUUUGCUUAUCUCAACUGCCUUUGCUGGAUUUAAGGAGGGAACUCUCUUUAUCUUCCAUCUAUCUUAUGAACUGAACUGAGCCUCGAUUUUAGCCAGCCUUGCAAAAAAAAAAAAAACCAAACAAAAAAACAAAAAAAAGAAAAGGAAAAAGAAACUGUAAAUGACAAUGAGUUAAUAUAUACGAUAUGUGUCAUUACUUGACCCAAAACAGUAACAUUAGGGCUCCGUUAUUUUGGAAAGCUGAUAUAUUGCAAAGGGCAAUCAUGUAUCAGUUAGGGUUAGGGAAACUUGUUUAUUCUUUCGUUCCUUAUUUUCCCCCUUCGAUUGUUUAGAUUUUUGGAUGUUUCCAGAGUCUCUUAAUGCAUGUGCUGAAUAGAGUAUAAACUAGAUUAAGCCAAUUUCCAUGUCUCUCCCGAUGGGCACCUCCUUCAGUUUAUACAUGAUUUGCAAUAUAUGUAUGUUUGAGUUAAUUUCUGUAGUCAUUAUAUUGUAGAAUAUAUCUAAUUGGUGUAUUUUUGUUUGGGAAACAAAAAUGAAAAUGGCAGUCGUUUACUGCAACAAUUGGUCCUCAGGAACACUGUUUAUGUGUGUGUUAAGUAUGUGAAUGGUUGGAUGUGUGGCCUGACAGCUAUUCCUUCGGUCUAAAUCUCAAGUAUGUCUCAUGUUUUUACUUUUCUUGCUCUUUUUCUUUUUUUGUUUAUCUGACAUUAACAGGUAAUUCCACUUGUAAAAUGAUGGGAAUUAUGUGUAAACUCCUUAAAAAGAAAAAUGUCCAUCUUGAAAAGAUUUUUUUUAAACAUCACUCAUACAGCCCAGUGUUCUUACAGCACUUUAAAACAAACUCCCAAAAUUUCGAGCUGGAUCAGUACGAUUGGCUUAAUUAAACGGUGGAUAAUGGAAUAUAUUCAGGUCUGUUGUACUUGGCAGACGCUGGCAGUUUGUGCCAAAUUGGUGCAAAUCACUCAUCUGGUCUCAAAUACUACUUAAACAGUCGUUCUGUCAUCAAAUCUCUAAAUUGGUUGUCUCCAUUAAGAAAGCAGAUUAAUGAAAAUGACACAUGAACCGACUUUUAUACGCCAAAAUGCAUGAUAGUGACUCAGAUCCCAGAGGAAAAGAUGAAUGCUGCAGUAUUUUGUACUUUGUUUUUUUUUUCAUGUUUCAAGUUGUUUCAUGUGUCGAUUUUCUUAUAAGAGCCACAUCACACUAAUGUAGCCAAAUGAUUUCCCUUCAGAGGACAAAGUUGUCUUUGUUUCAGCGAAUUGAUAUAUUUGGUAAGACUGUACAUGAUGAAACUGUCACUACGUCCCUGCCAAUGAAAAGCUUCUUAUUUUUAGUUUAUAGUCUUUCCAGUCGUCACCCCUCCCAUUUUUUCCACUCUUGACCAUAUUCAUUGUACCCACCAGAGGAUAAGACACACAGGCAAUGCUUAAACACUCGUAGCAUGUUAUGGGAAAGUAAAUUUGAACAAUAUGAUUUGAAGCUAAUUUAUGUUUCCAUGAGAAAUUUUCAUGUUUUGCCUUUCAGCAUCAAGAUUAUGUAUUUAAGGAUGAACAAAGACAAAAAUCCCGAAUGACCUCAAGUAAGACAUUGCUGUAAUUGACAUAAUAAAAAAAAGUUUUUCAA